UAAAGUGAUAUGUUUUUGCUGUUUGGUUGCAGGACAGAUUUUCUUUAUACAGUAAGGAGGACUUCACCAUGGGGGUGAAAACCUUCACCCACAGCUCAACCUCCCACAGCCAGGAGAUGCUUGACAAGCUGAACGCCUUGCGCAACGAGGGUCACCUCUGUGAUGUCACCAUCCGGGUCCAGGACAAGCUCUUUCUAGCACACAAGGUGGUCUUGGCAUGCUGCAGUGAAUUCUUCCGCUCCAAGCUUGUGGGCCGGCCAGAAGACGAGGAAAAGUUUGUGUUGGACCUCCAUCACGUGACGAUUAGUGGCUUCGCUCCCCUUCUGGAAUAUGCCUACACCUCCACCCUUUCCAUCAGCACAGAGAACAUCAUCGACGUCCUGGCAGCAGCCAGCUACAUGCAGAUGUUUGCCGUGGCUAGCACAUGUUCCGAGUUCAUGAAGUCCAGCAUCCUGUGGAGCCCAACGAACAACAACAACAGCAGCAGCAGCAGCAACAUGGCGGUGGAUAAGGCACACGAAGCGGCACCUGAGAGCGCUUCGUCACACUGUACCCUGACGCCGCUGGAUGGCAGUGUGUCCCCCGUGUCGUCUGACUGCAGCGUGAUGGAGAGGAAUGUUCCCAUCUGCCGGGAAUCCCGACGAAAACGGAAAAGUUUUGUGACAAUGGCAUCGCCAGAGAGCCCUCUCAAAUGCACUACACAGAUGGUCACCACCUCCCCUCAGAUCCCCAACCCGUCACCCUCGUUUUCGGAUGGCCCAGCCCAGCCGAUAGAGUCUUCCCUGGCUUUUCCCUGGACGUUCCCCUUCGGCAUUGACCGGAGGUUUCACUCAGACAAAUCUAAGCUGACGGAGAGCCCCCGCUGUUUGGAGGCAGGUGCCCCCGGGACCUCAGAGGGCGUGGUUGCCCGCCGGCUCAGCGACUUCCUGACGUGCGAGAGCUCCAAGGUGGUGUCAUCGCCGGUUGCUACAGAGGAGGAGGACGUGAGGGUGAAGGUAGAGCGACUCAGUGAUGAGGAGGUUCAGGAGGCAUCGUCCCAACCAGUCAGCGCCUCUCAGAGCUCCAUGAGCGACCAGCAGACAGUGCCGGGGAGCGAGCAGGUCCAGGAAGAGCUUCUUAUCAGUCCACAGUCCUCUUCUAUAGGAUCAAUGGAUGAAGGUGUGUCAGAAAGCCUGCCUUCCAUGCAGAGCACCUCUAACGCUGGAGGACACGCAGAGGAUGAUGAGAGGCUGGAAGGUAUUCAGUAUCCAUACCACCUCUAUAUAAGUCCAUCGGCUCGACCUGGCACCAAUGGCCCAGACCGGCCUUUUCAAUGCCCAACCUGUGGAGUCAGAUUCACACGCAUUCAAAACCUGAAACAGCAUAUGCUCAUACACUCCGGCAUUAAACCUUUCCAGUGUGAUCGCUGUGGGAAAAAGUUCACACGGGCCUACUCCCUAAAGAUGCAUCGGCUGAAGCACGAAGGUAAACGCUGUUUCCGGUGCCAGAUUUGUAGCGCCACAUUCACGUCCUUCGGUGAAUAUAAGCACCACAUGAGGGUCUCCCGACACAUAAUCCGCAAGCCGCGGAUUUAUGAGUGCAAAACAUGCGGCGCCAUGUUCACCAACUCUGGCAAUUUAAUUGUACACCUGAGGAGUCUGAACCAUGAGGCAUCCGAGCUAGCAAACUACUUCCAGAGCAGUGAUUUCCUCGUGCCCGACUACCUGAGCCAGGUACAGGAGGAGGAGGAGGCACUGGGAGUUCCGUAUGAGCUGGAGGAGUCCCAACAUCACCCAGUUUACCUGGGCAGCACCUCCACUGUCGCCGCCACCACCACUGCCUCGUCCUCUUCCUCAGUCCAAAUGCCAGUCAUCUCCCAGGUCUCCUCUUCCACACAGAACUGUGAAAGUUCCUCCGGCUUACUUUCGCCUGAGCCCCUGGACCCCCUGGAAGCCCCAACCUCCAAUAAGACGGACGCCGAUGAAACCGCAGUCAUGACGGAGAAUAAGAUGAGUCACGGUGUCGGGGGCAGUUCCCCAGAGGAGUUUGGAGAGGAGCAGCCUAAGGAGGUGGCUUCCAUUACCAUCGAGUGAUCCAAGUCUUCUUCCUGCCCCUGAUGUUGUAUUUUGCACUCAGGUUAUAUGGGAAUAUAAGUCUAAAUGAUCUGAAGACUGAAAGAACUCGGAGAUCCACACAUGCAGCUCUUAUCAUGUGGAACCAUGGAAACGCUACAGAGUUUUCAAAAGAUGCUGUUGAUUUAAUGGCAUUGUUUUACAUGCAGAAACUGCAGCACUUCUUCAGAUUUCACACUAGUUCAUUGGCUGGAGAAUCCGGACCUCACAGCCUCCUUGCUCCCUGAAAGCCAGCAGUAUUUUAGCAGUUUUAACAAGCCUGUUUUGUUUCCCAUAUGACUUGAAUGCAGCACUGUCUCAAGUCAGUGAAGUGUCAGCCAAUUGGAGGUCUGUCCGUUCCAAGCCUUGCUCUACUUUUAGAAAGUGCCUGAGAGUUCACACUUUAGCAAAGUCAUGUAGGAGAAAUGAAGUGACAAAUCAAGUCUUUGCAAACUGAGCUAAAAUAGUUAUUGUAUUACAUUUGUAAUAGUAAUGCUAGUUUGUAUGGGCAGAAACUGUGUUACUCAUUUGGUGCCGUUGCUAUUGGCAAAUAUUACAUGUUAAUAUUAAUCUAUCCUGCAAUAGCUUGUACUGUACUUCUAUAUGAAUGCUGUGUAUGUUGAGUGUUGUUCUAUGAUGUGUAAGAUGUGUGUGUAUGUGCAUUUCUAUGACCAGUAUGAACACAGUGCAUUUCCUUUUUUAAAUGUUUCAAACUUGAACUGUAUUGACAAAGUAUUCCCUAAAGUUAUCUGUGCAGUGGAAACACUUUUUUGACUGGUUCCACAGUUUGACUUGUCAGUGAACACUGUUGUGAAAUCCACCUCUGGUUCUACUCAAAAGCAAAAUUCUCUGUUUCUACAUCAGUUUGCAUAAGUGUUUUUGGCCCUUAAGGGUCAAACAGAAGAUGGACAGUUUAAGGUUACUUCAUGGUGUUGUGUGGGAUUUUCAUGGCGUAAAAAAAAAUCCUGAUAUUCACAUGGAGAAUUAGAACCAAAUGUCUGUGAUCUGAUCAAAUUGGUUUUAUUGUGAAGGAACAGCAACAUCCCCUACGACUUUUAAAAUAACAGAAUAUGGAUUACUUCAGCUAUAUUUUAUCUGUAACAUUCAUUCAGUGUCACAGUUUAAUUUUGAUCCAUUGAAAGCAGCAUGAUGAACAUGUUAGCUAGCUUUUGCUAGCCGUUGUGCACUUAUUGAUCCCAGUAACGAGCUCAUACCCAUUUCCAGCUGCAGGUAUGUGUCACCAAGUUCACCCUAAAUAUGUAAUCACUCAUUAUUUUACCCCAACUGAAGCUCAGCCACUUUUUUUGUCAGUGUUGUUUGCAGUUGCUUGAUUAUCAGUCGAUACAUUGCUAAUGAUGUUAGCAUAAUGCGUUUGAGUAAUGGUUCCAAUUAGGUAAAACAUGACAGGUAUUUUUUGUUUGUUUGUUUAUUUUAUCUUAAUCGGAGACAAAAAAAAUGUUUUCAGUAGAUCAAUUUCACAGUUGCAAGUCUCUGUGCUCUUUGACAUUUUAUAUUUCUGCAUUUCUGGAUUUUUUUUCUCUCAAAAAUGAUCCACUUUCUGUGUGAUGAGCAGAUAACUCACCAUGCAGCAGUUAACAAGUUAUCUAUUUAUAGUCCAACUAUAAGUACAUGCGGUUUUGAGGCUGUUGUUUUUGGUUUGGAUGAGGGCUCAAAAAUAAAUUUUUCAUAAGCUUAAACUGGUCCAAUGUGAAAUCUUCAGAAAUGACUUUGUUAUAUGUUAAUUCAUAAGUUAGAUUUGAAGAUUUCUAUGAUCAGGAAUUUCUUCAAAUCACUGAAGACGGGUAACUAGCAAGAUGCAAAGAUAAACUAAUACACAAUGAUUACAUUUGUAAGAAAAUGUUCAUUCAUGGGAAAGAAAUGAAUGUUGGGAAGGAUAAAGUGGCACCGGUCAAGAACCUCAUUUUAGACACAUUAUUAGGAACACCUGUGUGGUUCUGCAAUCAAGUAUUGCCUCCAAGUUCAAGUAGACUAUUUCAACAUCAGUCAUCUAUUUACAAUAUGGAAAAAGAGAAGAUGUCUUCAUUUCCUUCUUGUAGUCUGAUGCUUUUGUGGGCAAUUAACUGCAGUAUGUAGGAUUCAUUUUUAUCAUUGCAGCUGCUGGGAUUUACUGUAAGCAAGAAGUGAUCAGAGCUGUUCUUGCUUUAGGAAUAGAGAAGCACUGAGCGGAUGAAUGUCUCUUAUUUGAUUUGCAGUUUUUGUCGUCAGAUUUCAACCCUCUGAAACAAAUUUUUCCUAUUUGUUUUUUUUCUGUAAGAACAGCAUUUAGAAUCUUGUUUUACUAUAAGUCCUGCUGUAAACGGCCAUGUUUUGUUGUUUGUUGUUUUACUUAGAAGAGCUGAUUUCUCUGUGAGAGAGAGCUGUCACUGUUUAGCUAUUUUAUUUUAAAACAUAUUAUUCAUUUUAAAAUGACUUUAGGGUCUUAUAUGGCUUGAGCAGUUGGCAUCGUUAAAAUAGAACAGACCCAACACUGACUGAAAUUAUAAAAAGAGUUCAAAUAUUUCUGAAUUCAGUAUGUUCCAUAUAAUAUAGUUAUGAGUGCCAAAUUACAAUAUAUAAAUAACUUAUGAAAUAAUUUAAAUCUGCCAUUAAUUUAAUAAAACUGGAAAUACAUGCCUAUAUAAUUAAACAUGAAUGAAUUAUAUGGGCUUAAAUUUAAUAGUGUUGAAGAUAUUGACCUCACAUCUGUGUUGCCCUGCGACAGACUGGCGACCUGUCCAGGAUGUACCCCGCCUCUCGCCCGGAACGUUAGCUGGAGAUAGGCACCAGCACCCCUCCCGACCCCACUGAGGGACAAGGGUGUUCAGAAAAUGGAUGGAUGGAUAUUGACCUAACAGUCAUAUAACUAACAUUGAAGAAGGUCUUAAUUUGUUGCUUGAAGCAGCCAAUCAGACGUCGGGGCCUCCAAUGAAUUCAAAUUAAGUUUGUUUUUUUAGGAUCCUCAUUAUCCAUUGCUGUAACACUGGCUAGCCUUCCUGGGGUCCACAUGAUU